AUGGAGUCUUUCCAACAAAUACAGGAUUUAAUAUCGCCAAAAUUAACUUGGAAAGUGUUUGAAACAGUGUUAAAAAAGCAAAAUUGCAGUGAAAAUGUAAAAUUAAUAAAUAUCACACUUGGAAAACCGACCAAAAAGGGAGAUUCAUAUUUAAGUACAGUGACACGUUUCUCCGUUGAAUAUUCUGGAGAAAUCAGUGGUACCAGUAAAGUAUUUAAGUUACAUGUAAUUGGUAAAUCUUUACUGAAGAAUAUUGCACAAAGAAAAACAUUCCGUAACUCCGAUUUCUUCACGAAUGAAAUUCGUUUUUAUCAACAAGUAUGGCCGGAGAUGGAUGCAUUCCAAAAGGAGUUAUUAAAUCCUAAUCAAUUGUUUAAGGAGAUUCCCAAUUAUCUUUGCGGGGAGUUUGAUGGCACAAACGAUUAUAUUUUAUUAGAAGAUUUGUCAUUUCAAGGCUACCAGGGUGUCGACCGAUCCGAUGCGUUAACAUUUGAAAAAUCAAAACUUGUUUUAAGAAUAUUAUCACGUUUCCACGCACUUGGAUAUGCUUUCAACGAAAUGAAACCUGAUCUAUUUCUACAGACAGCUACGAAACUAAAUGAGACAUAUUUUCACGCUAACUUUCGUACUUGGUACACGAAAUUUCAAAGAAAUGUGAUUAAUAUUACAUUGGAUGCAGUACAACAAGAACUCCCAGAGCAAUACGUUAAUAAAUUUAAAGAAGUUGCGUCCCGCGAUGUUUACGGGGAAAUUAUAGAUUUAUGUUCUCCUACAGCAAACACAAAAUUUAAGACAAUCACACAUGGAGAUACGUGGAUGCCGAACUUUUUGACUCGUUAUGACGAAUCAAAGCAACCAAUACAUUCUGUGAUGAUUGAUUUUCAACUGACAAGAUAUUCUUCAUUGGCCCAAGACUUGCAUUUCUUUAUUUACGCUUGCACAGAUGCUGAUAUGCGAGCCGAGCGCUAUGAAGACAUGUUGAAGUAUUACUGCCAUGAAUUCAAUGAAUUUUUUGCUCAAUUAUGCCCCAAACAUGUACAAAAUGAAGUUGCAUUAAGUUAUGAUGAUUUGAUGGAUGAAUUGAAAGCUAAUGGGAUGUUUGCUUUGAGUAUGUCUAUGGAAGCUUGCAUUAUGUCAAUGCUAGAUGAUGAUGAAGUUUCUGAUUUGGAUCAAAUUGAAGGACAAGAUGCCGUUCCGUUGGAGACAGUAUGGAUUGUAAAACCUUUGAAAACCAAAGAAAAACGCGUGAAACUAGCGCAGAUCAUUAAGCAUAUGAUGGAUCACAAUUUUAUUUAAUACUUUUCUUAAUUUAUACUUGUUUUUGUGUAUAAUUGGGCAGAUACAUAGAUCUAACCAAACACGAGAGCAGUUUUGUAGCAAAUUUGUAUUGUAUUGUGAAAUAAAUCGACAUAUAAAAAGACAA